AUGCAUGCCGCGGCACUCGUCCUCAUCGUCCCGCUCUUUUGCUCUGCUGCGGCCGCGGCUGCGAUGGGACAAUCGCUCUCUAGCCUGGCGAAGCAGUGUCAGUUCACCCUGGGUCACCAGCGCUUUGACCUCUGUCCCAUCUUCGAAGACGAUGCUGGCGGCUGGACUAUUUCGCGCUCGCGAAAGACACCGCCAACGAUCACGAAGACCCAGUAUCAUGUCAGUCUUUCAGGUGCGCUCAAAAUCAGCAAGAAGAUUCCGAGUGAAGAACAGUGCCCAGAGGGUACAUGGAUAUGUUACAUCAUGUCCAAUACCCGACCCAAGCACGAUGAUGAAGAACCCCGAGUACUACGAGUCAUACCUGUUGCUGGGAAGUUGUCUCUGCCAUCCAAGGGGGAUGAUUCCAAGGGAGAUGAAUUUGCUGCUGAAGAAUACCAACCUGGCCUAAACAUCACCACAAAACUCGUCCCAGCCAAUAAAGAGACCAAACAUGACAUUCUCCACGUCCAUCUGCACGGUGGAUAUUAUGUCAACGAGCAGCAGAAAGCAGACAUUCAGUUUAUCUGCGACCACAAGGCGGAAGAGCCUACCUCCCCCACAGCAUCCUAUAUCUGGAACGGUACGCACGUUUUCGAGUGGCGAACCAAACAUGCUUGCGGUAAGACAAUAGAGAAGUCUCCGCCCAGCGACCCAGAAGACGACCCAGCGGACGAUCCCGAGAGAGAUGCGCCGCCAAAGGACGCUGAAGACGACGACGUCCCCGGCGACUCGCGCAAGCUGAUCGACCCCGAGCUCCUUGCGAGUCGCUCACGACGGUCCAUGACGCUCUUCGCCUCCUUCACGGGCGUGGUCCUCGGGAUCAUGUACGUGCUGUACUUCCCCCCGCCGCGCGUGCGCGCGUUCAUGUCGUCGUACGUGAAGCGGCAUCCGUGGCUGCUGCGUUCACGUGUCGGGGAGCGCGCGCUCGUGCGCUGGGCGAGCGAGGACUUUGUGUUCGACGCGGGCGAGGAGGACACCAUGGUCAAUGCGGAGGGAGAUCUUGACGCCAUUGCCCUAGACGAGCAGAUCCCGUUAAAGCCGUCUCCGCGCCGAUCGGUGGUCUCGAACUACGGUACCGCCACUUGA